AGUGUCAUUUUCUCGUUUCAGAUUUCCCUUUAACAACGUGAGAUUAAAAGGAAAAGUCUACAAUGAAAAACACAGUGCGCGCGCAUCGAAAGUUCUAUUGUCUAAAUUAGAAAAGAGGCGCAUAUAAAACCUCUUUAGAAUGAACAUGUGACGUAACGCCAUCUAGCGACGAACGGACGUACUAAGUGAAAGUGUUUGUGACUUGAAUCAAAAUGAAGUUGAACCUGUUCAAACGUUCCAUGAUAUUUGCGACCUUCUUCGGAUCGUGUUUAUGUAUUGCCCUGAUUGUAGGCUCCUUAGGGACGACGCACUGGGUCGAUGCAAAGGCGAAAAGAGCCCCCAAUCCAUUGGAGUCUGAAGGACAGAUAAGCUUCGGUCUGUUUGAAGGGCACAAGGCCCUGAAUGCUGGAGUAGGACGAAGAUAUUAUGAUUUUAGCGUGCGGGCAGGCACGCACCCAGCACGGCGCUGGGCGUGGUGCGGCACGGCGGCGCAGCUAGGCGUGGCGCUGGCGGCGGCGGGCGGGGCCUGCGUCCUCGCCGCCCUCGCCUCCGCCUCACGCGCGCGCUGCUCUCCCAAACCACUGCUACUCUGUAACUCUGCAACAGUGUUAUUCUGCCUGGGUUCAAUGUCAGUGUGGCUGACGGAGUUCUUUCUCCGUUUGCAGCACAAUGUGAUGUCAGAGGAGGACCUCGCUAACACCUGGUCUUCUGACGGUAUGGCAGAUCUCGGCAUCUCAUUUUGGCUAGUGGUAGCUGCCGCUAUCUCCGCGUUUGUCAACAAUGUAUGCAUCCUGAUUGCGAUGGCGGACAACAGAGAUGCUGACACUAUCGCACCAGCGUUGGAAGAGAAAGUUAAUGGAGCUAUCAUGUUGUAUUAACUGUGUUGGAUUCCAAUGUUACACGUGUACAAUAACAUGAUACUAUAUGAUAUAUAAUUUGGAACGUCAAAUAUGUUUUUAAUCGUCUGAUAAGGGUAUUGUUUGGAUAUAUGUCUAAACUGAAGUUAAAGUGAUCUAUAUUACAAAAUAAAUGUAUGUUAUACCAGCUGUCG